AUGGCGGGUGGUGGUAGCAGAAGGGAUGAAGGGUCGAUGAUGAUCAACAAUAACAACGUUUUUGCUGCGCUUGAGACUCUUAGGAAGAAGAAGAAGGCUGAUAAAAGUCGGGGGUCUUCUUCCAAGAGUAAGGGGUCUUCAAAAUCUCUAGCGAAAGAGCCGGAACCGCAGGUUUUCUGGGCACCAACACCACUAACGGUGAAAUCAUGGGCGGAUGUUGACGAUGAGGAUGACGACGACUAUUAUGCCACUACUGCUCCGCCCCAAUCUGUCUGGGGCUCGUCACAAUCUCAAGAGACCAAGGAAGUUCCUUUAGAGGUGUGUGUGGCCUUUCAAUCUUUCUUCAAUCAGUUGGUUGUAGGAAUUUGGUCAAGCAAUGAAAUUUUUGCCACUUCUCAUUGCAAUAUAAGGAGCACUCUAUAUGGUUUGUCCUUUGUCGGUUGUUUGCGUGUGUGA